UAUUUACAAAUUGAAACAUCUCCAAAUGCUAGACAUUAGCUACAACGAUCUCAGUGGUAACUUACCUUUGUGUCUAGCAAAUUUGACUUCUCUUCGACGAUUAUACCUCUCUUUCAAUCACUUCAUUGGAAACAUCUCUUCAUCUCCACUUAGAGAUUUAAUAAACCUCGAAUAUCUAUCAGUUUCAGGAAAUCUUUUUCAAAUCCCAAUCUCAUUAAGUCCAUUUUUCAACCAUUCAAAAUUCAAGUAUAUGGAAAGUAGGGAUAACAAAAUAUUUGCAGAAACAAAUGAUCAGCACUUGAACCCAAGAUUUCAAUUGGAGAGGCUUGUAUUAUCUAGUGGUGGAUAUUGUGGAGUAUUCCCCAAAUUCCUUUAUUACCAGCAUAACCUACAAGUUGUUGAUCUAUCACACAAUCAAAUGAGAGAAGGGUUUCCAUCUUGGUUGUUGCAGAAUAACACAAAAUUAGAACAACUUUACUUAAUCAACAAUUCUCUCUCAGGGCCUCUCAAAUUACCAAUUCAUUCCCAUAUGUAUUUGUCAUGGUUGGAUAUCUCAGACAAUUUCUUCCAAGACUUCAUCACACCAGAGAUAGGAACAUAUCUGCCAAGAUUGAGAUAUGUAAAAAUGUCGGGAAAUGGUUUCAGUGGUAGUCUUCCUUCUUCACUUGGAAAUAUGAGCUUGUUGGCAUAUUUAGACUUAUCCAACAAUAAAUUGUCAGGUAAUAUACCAGAGGGGCUGGGGAACAUGCACUUUCUUCGCGUUUUGGAUCUUUCAAUGAAUAAUAUCUCAGGAAGUCUACCAUCCAACUUUUGCUCUUCAAAAAUAAAAGAGAUUUAUUUGUCUAGAAAUGGGCUACAAGGGUCAUUGGAGGAUGCAUUUUAUGGUUGCUCUGAGUUAAUUGUGUUAGAUUUGGGCCAUAAUCAUAUGACUGGAAGCAUUCCAUCAUGGAUUGGAGAAUUUUCUCAAUUGAGCUACCUAAUCUUGGGGCAUAACCAUAUUGAUGGGGAAAUCCCAGUUCAAUUGUGCAACUUGACUCAAUUAAGUUUGCUUGAUCUUUCUCAUAAUCAUUUUUCUGGUGAAAUACCUCCUGAAAUUGGAACUCUCAGCAUGAUCAAGGUAUUGAAUUUGUCAUAUAACAAGUUGAUUGGUGCAAUCCCACCAACAUUUUCAAACCUGGGGCAAAUUGAGAGCUUGGAUCUUUCUUAUAACAAUUUGGAAGGGAAAAUUCCUCCUCAACUUACUCAGCUAUAUUCUCUAGCUGUAUUCAAUGUAGCACACAACAAUCUAUCUGGCAAAACACCUGAGAGGGUUGCACAAUUUGCAACAUUUGACCAGAGUAGCUACGAGGGAAAUCCUUUGUUGUGUGGACUGCCACUGCCGAAGAGUUGCAACAACACAUCUCCAUCACCACCAGUAACUCCAACAGAAGAAAAAGAAGAUAACAGCUUCAUGGAUAUGGGUGUUUUCUAUGUGAGCUUUGUAGUGUCGUACAUCAUGGUGUUGCUAGCAAUAGCAGCAAUUCUAUACAUAAACCCAUACUGGCGACGAAGAUGGUUUUACUUCAUAGAAACGAGCCUUACCGGUUGCUACUAUUUUCUGGUGGACAAUAUUACUCUACUGUCCAAAUUUGGACUUUCAUAGAAUUGAGGCUUGACAAGUUCAAUGCUUGACUAUAUGU